ACACCAGCGAGGCAAUAUAUUCGCUCCAAGGCUGUGUUGAGAGUGCAGUGUGGCCAGACCCACUCACUUGCUGCAGAGCCGGCUCAGCUCUGGCGGGCUGUUCCAUCUGACGUCCUUCUCGGAGUAUCGGGGUGCUGUCGAGUUUGGCUGGGGGACUCUACAGGUAGUGGGUGUGGGAGCACCAGCAGGCCUCUUGUCUCACUGCUCCUUUCUCUUCUCGCAGCUCUGCCUGGUCGGAACCCACCGUCUCCAGGAGGCUCGCGUGGGGAACCUACAGAUGUGACAGCCUGGACCCAGGUGUCUACUUGCUCAGAACAGCAGAGGAGAACCAUGUCCCAGGAGUCACUGACAUUCAAGGAUGUGGCUGUGGGCUUCACACAGAAGGAGUGGCAGCAGCUGGACUCUGCGCAGAGGAGCCUGUACCGGGACGUGAUGCUGGAGAACUAUAGCCACCUGGUCUCAGUGGGGUGUGUGGUCAGCAAACCUGCUGUGAUCUCCAGGUUGGAGGAGGGGAAAGAGCCAUGGAUGGAGGAGGAGGAGAUGUGCAGAUGGGGCUUUCCAGAUGAAGUUGGGCACGUUGAUACCCAAGUAGACAGACAACAGGAACACCAAGACAAAGCUUUGGGGCAAGUUGCAGUUCUAGACAAGAAAAAAUGGACUGAAACAGGGCUCCGUGAGUGUAAUGUACCUGAAAAACAAUCCCAUCAGAACACAAACCUUGUUCUGUCAAGACAACAGGGCCGUACAUGUGACUCAUGUGGAAAGACUUUGAAACAUGACGUGGACUUUACUCCUAAUGCAUACCUUGCAAGAAGGAGAUUUAAGUAUGAUGCACAUGGGAACUUAUUCUCUAUUCUAAGCCUGAAACUCCACAUUCUGGAGGGGAUCCACGUGAAUGUAACCAGUGUAGAAAAGCUUUAAGCCAAGACAAAGCCCUUAAUGCAGAUCAGGGAACCGAAAGUGGUGAGAAACCCCAUGAAUGUACUAAAUGCAGGAAAACCUUCUCCCGCAGGUCAGAACUCAUUGUACAUCACAAAGUCCACGGAGGUCAGAAAUCCUGUGGGUGCGGCGAACAUGGGAAGG